AUGCUCGACAAGGAGAUCGACUCGGAGAAGGGCUUCAACGGCGGCAGCAGCGUCAACGAGCGCCAGUCGCCCGGUCCUGCGGCCGCGUACGACGGCCAGAUUGACGAGGGCAUCGACAAGAACGAGGACUUGCACCGUGGCUUGAAGGCCAGGCAGAUCUCCAUGAUUGCCAUCGGCGGCUCUAUUGGUACCGGUCUCGUCAUCGGCUCCGGGUCCGCUCUGACUCGCGGUGGACCUGUCGGCCUGCUCCUCGCUUACGUCAUCAUGGGCUUCUGCGCCUUCGCUACGAUGAUGUCGCUCGGCGAGAUGGCGACCUACUUGCCGUCAAAGAAGGGCUUCGGCGGGUACGCCUCGCGCUUCGUCGACCCCGCUCUCGGCGUCGCCGUCGGGUGGUGCUACCUUGCCAAGUACCUUGUCGUCACGCCCAACAAUGUUGUCGCCGGCUCUCUCGUGAUCACGUACUGGACGUCGACGGUCCCGACUGGAGCUUGGAUCGCCAUCUUCAUCGUCCUCAUCGUCAUCCUCAACCUCCUCGGUAUCAAGCUCUUUGGCGAAAUCGAGUUCUGGGCGUCCUUCCUCAAGAUUGUCGUCCUCACCGGGCUCAUCCUCCUCGGCCUCAUCAUCGACCUCGGCGGCGUUCCCGGCGUCGGCCGUAUCGGCUUCCGGAAUUGGCGGGACCAGCCAUUCAGUCACUACAUCUUCCAGAACGACACGGGUGUCUUCUUGGGUGUAUGGUCCUGCAUGACGUCGGCCCUGUUCGCCUACAUGGGUAUCGAGCUCGUGGGAGUCACUUUCGGGGAGGCGAAAAACCCGCGCAAGACUGUACCGGCCACGAUCCGCCGCACUUUCGCCCGCAUCCUCAUCUUCUACAUCGGCAGCGUCUUUGUCGUCGGCCUCAUCCUCAAGGCGACGGACCCGGGCCUCAUCGCCGUGACCAAGAAGAAGACGUCGGCCGCCGCCAGUCCUUUCGUUCUCGCCAUCGAGCGUGCCGAGAUUCGCGUGCUGCCCGACAUCAUCAACGGCGCCAUCCUGCUCUUUGUCCUCUCUGCCGCCAACAGUGACCUGUACAUCGGUACGAGGACCCUUUACGCGCUCGCCGCUCAAGGUCAGGCGCCGCGGUUCUUUAUGCGCGUCAACCGCUUCGGCACGCCCUACUACGCGACGGCUUUCUGCUCAAUCAUCUGCUGCAUCGCCUUCAUGGCUGUUGGCCCUGGCUCCUACCAAGUCUUUUCAUACUUCACGGCCACGGUGACCCUUCUGGGCGCCCUCACGUGGAUGGGCAUCCUCUACUCGCACAUCUCGUUCAUGAACGCGCUCAAGGCGCAGGGCAUCUCGCGCGACACGCUUCCGUGGAAGGCGCCGUGCCAGCCGUACGCUGCGUACAUCGCGUUCGGCAUCACGGCCGUGGUCACCUUUUUCAAGGGCGAGUCCGCAUUAGUCUUCAACUACAAAACGCUCAUCACGAACUACGUCGCGAUCCCGUUCUGGCUUGCCCUCUUCUUCGGCUGGAAGUUCGUCUACAAGACCAAGCGCAUCCCGGCGGCCGAGGUCGACCUCGUCACCGGCCGCCGCGAGUUCGACCAGGACGAGGCGCUCUGGGAGGAGAAGGAGGCGCUCAAGGGCAAGCUCCCCUGGUGGAAGCGUGCCUGGGAGGGUGCCUAG